AUGACAGUAAUAACCGCUGAGCACAUCGUUAUUGCGGAGCUUGUCAUUUAUAUCCCGAUCGCAUUGCUUUCCCUUUUCGUGGUCUUUCGCCCUGGUUUCUAUAAGCAACUUGGAUGGAUAUAUCUCCGCAUCUUCAGUGGAAUCCGCAUCGGUGGUUCUAUUAUGGAAACCCUGAGCACGAAACACCCUGAAAACGCCAACGAUAAAGAAUGGGCAACAAUCCUGCAGUCGGUUGGCCUCUCCUCACUGCUGCUCUCCACAUUGGGCCUUGUGAAGAGAAUCUUCGACGAAACAUCUGAUCGCAUUUCUUCAGAUCCACUAUCGGGAGGCAACCUUGCCUUACAGGUUCUAGGAGCGGCGUCUGGCGUCUUUGGUAAACUUUCCUCCAUAUACACGAAGAAAGCAACCGCUACGUCUUACCGGAGCAAAUCCGUUCAGCUACUCCAUAUCGCAGCCUUGAUUGCACUUAUUCUUGCAAUCAGUGGUGGCACAGACCAAGCGUCAUCUGACGUGUCCGAACAUAGUACUGGAAAAGCUGAAACCCGUGCUGCCAUAAUUCUGUUCCUUCUGAUCUACAUUGCCACCUGUCUGUUGCGGGGUUGUGGGUAG